CUUUAGAGAAGGUCCGAUUGAAAGAGUCGAGAGGACGCUGCUCAUGCGCACGGACAGGCUCCGAAAAUUAUGUUAACGAUGUAUCUGGUCUUCACGCCCUGACACUCCAGUAAUCGAUUAUUUUGAGCUUUUCCGUACUCCUUUAGUAAUCUGAGUUAAUAUGGAGUCCAGCUCAGCUCAGGCGUCUGGCGCUGAGUUCACCGUUGAAGCCGUGGAGAGGGCUCUCCAUCAGUUGUACUAUGAUCCUGACAUGGCCCAGAAGAGCGUCGCUCAGAAGUGGCUGACUCAGGCGCAGAUGUCUCCACAGGCCUGGCACUUCUGCUGGGUCCUCCUGAGCCGGGACAAGGUCCCAGAGGUCCAGUUUUUCGGAGCAAGCACGCUGUAUGCCAAAAUCUCCAGGAGCUGGAGUGACCUCCCCACAGAGCAACACGGCUCCCUCAAGACCCAGCUCAUCUCCCAGGUCGGCCAUUUCGCCAGUGGCCCCAAGAUGGUGCUGACGAGGCUGUGUGUGGCCCUGGCCUCCCUGGUCCUCCACCUCAUGCCAAACACGUGGCCCACCGCCGUGCCCGACCUGCUUCGGGAGUUCCAGAGCGGACAGGCCAUCACCGGGGCCGACGGGCGCGUCCGCUGCCUGGCUGUGCUGGAGCUCCUAGCCGUGCUCCCGGAGGAGUUCCAGAACAGCAAGAUGCCAGCCGCACGCCGCACCCAGCUGCGGACCGCCCUGGCUAGGCAGUGGAGUACUGUCUGCCCCCUGCUGCAACAGCUGCUGAGGCAGGCCGACUCCCCGGCCCAGGUGAAGAUGAGGGUGCUGCGGUGCCUGGCCUCCUGGAUGGCUCUGGACGUCUCCCUGGGGGACAGCGAGGGGCUGCUGCAGGACAGCUUCUCCACACUGGCAGACCCAGAGCUGUUUGACACGGCAGUGGAGACUAUAGUGAGCACCAUCUCCCAGCCAGACAGCCACAGGUUUGCCGACACCUUGGUUAAGUUGAUGCCUCAAGUUCUAGGCCUGCAGGAUCAGCUGAGGAAGGCUGUGGAGACGGGCGACAUGGAGACCUCUCACGGCAUCUGCAGGAUCGCGGUCGCUCUUGGGGAGACACACUGCAGGACCCUUCUGGAACAUGUGGACCAGUGGCAGGAUUUUCAGGCCUUGGUCAACAUGAUCCUGUACUGCACCGGCAUCCCUGGGCACUAUCCUGUAGAUGAGACCAGCAGCUCUCUCACUCUCACCUUCUGGUACACGCUGCAGGACGAAAUUCUGUCCUUUGAUGCAGAUCGCCAGGCACUUUACCUCCAGGUGUACAGGCCCCUGUAUUUCCAGCUGGUCGACGUUCUCCUGCACAAAUCCCGUUUUCCCAGCGAUGAGGGAUACGCCUCUUGGUCCUCUGAUGACAAGGAGCAGUUCAGAAUCUACAGGGUAGACAUCUCAGACACACUGAUGUAUGUAUAUGAUCUGCUGGGGCCUGAGUUGCUUAGGAACCUUUAUGACAGACUUGGCCGACUCCUGACAGACACGGGACGAACAGCCGCCUGGCAGGAUAUAGAGGCACUUCUGUUUGGGUUUCAGUCCAUUGCUGAGACCGUAGACGUCAGUUACUCUGAUGUCAUCCCUGGACUGAUCGGCCUGAUCCCCCUGAUCAAUGUUACCAACGUGGAGCUGGCAGACACAGUCAUGUUCACCAUAGGCUCACUGGGGGAGUGGCUGGCAGACCACCCUCUCAUGCUCGGGGGGAUUCUGCCGGUGGUGCUCCAGGCCCUGAGCAAUGCGGACCUGUCCGUGUCCAGCGUCUCCGCCCUGAAGAGAAUCUGCCGCGAGUGCCGGUUCAGUCUCCAGCCCCAUGCCGACAACAUCCUGGCGGCCACGCAGGAUGUUCUUGUCAAACAGAUCCACAAGAGUGCCCAGUGUAUGUGGCUCAUGCAGGCCCUGGGGUUCCUGAUCUCGGCCCUGCCAGGAGAGCAGAUCCUGGGCAAACUGCUGCCCCUGCUCAGCCCUCACCUCCAGCAGCUGGGGCAUUUGACAAAGGAGACGCCCAACCCAUCUAACAAGACAGCAAUCGUCCACAUCCUGGGCCUGCUGUCCAGUCUGUUCACCACACUGGACACCAAUGCUGAGCCAGAGGGCUCUGACGACAUGGCCAUAUCCAGACCAGCAGCAGCCCCACAGCCCGACCCACACCCAGUGGUUGUAGUACUGCAGCAGUUCUUCCCUCUUAUUCAAGCUGUCCUCAGCAAAUGGCUUACAGACUCCGAAGUAGUGGAAGCUGCUUGUGCCAUCUUUGACAAGUCCCUGAAGACCCUCCUGAGUGGUUUUGCCCCUCUGGUCUCCCAGCUGAGUGAGCUGAUUGGGCAGAUGUACGGUGCUGUUCCUCAGGCCGCGGCGCUUGACCUCACACGACAGCUUGUUCACAUAUUCUCUUGUGAGAAAGAACACUUUGCCCCGGUCAAGACGCUAAUCGAGCUUCUGAGCUCCAUCACACUGUCUAUCUUUCAGCAAGAGCCAAGAGAUCACCCUGACAUUGUGGAUUCAUUCAUGCAACUCCAUGCACAGGUGCUGAAAAGAAAAGCGGAGCUGUACCUCUCUGAAACUCUGGACAUCAAAGCUAUUUUCUACUGUGGAAUCCUGUCAUUCAAAUUCCCUGAGAAACCCACUGUGAAGUCUACAUGUUUGUUCUUUACUGAACUGGUUCCCCACUGUGAAGAUAUCCCUGCAGUGAGUGAGGUGCUGCAAGAGGACGGGAAGUUGCUCCUUCAGUCCCUGCUAGAGGGCAUUGGGGGCCUGGCUGCCCUUAGUGUGAUGGAGCACUUUGCCGAGGUGCUGCUGUGCUUGAACCGCCACUGCCACAGCCUGCUGUCUGUGUGGCUGCAGGAGGUGCUGCUCACACCAAACUUCCCCUCCGCACACGUCUCCAUGGAGCAGAAACAGACUUUCAAUCAACAAAUCCUAAGGGAGCAAGCGAACAAGAGACGUGCGAGGGAGAUAGUGCGAGACUUUUCUCAGCGGUGUCGAGGUGUGCACGGAACGGGAGUACGCUGGUGAUUACUGACCCGACGUGGGAAGGGUUCAGACACUCAGAUGUUCUUCAGGACACUGCCGGGAGGAAACAAGGCAUCUUUUAUAGGUUUUCACAUACAUAUUGGUAUGUUAGUUUGUAUUUGUAUGAUUUUAUUAAAAUGUUUGUGACGUU